CGAUUUUGUUUGUCAAAUCGAGAAUUAACCCUUUCGUCAUCAUGCUGAAGCUAGUACUACUCUUGGUCGCCGCCCUCCUGGCCGUUGCCAUGGCUGUUCCCGCUCCAGGACCCAGUCCAAAUCCCGCCCCGGUACCCCAGUUCGUCUACUCCGCCGGCUAUCCGGCCGUGGGCUACGCCUCCCCGUACGUCUACUACGGCUGAGCCCAGUAUCCGGAUUCACUGAAUAAAGCCUUUUGACAUGUGCAUGGACAACCAGUUUGUUUCGCUAGAUACAAAUAGUUUGGCCUAUUUCCCAUUUUUGAAGAACAGUAAAUAAAUUGAAAUCAUACAUUUAAAA